AUGCCGGAUCUUGCCGCGACACUCCACCACUUGCCUAGUCUUGAGCAGCAAGCUCCCAAUCUCACCGACAAUGGUGAAGCGAACAGUGUUCCAAAAGAAUCCGGUGAUCUCGCGCUGCGGCUGAAGUUGGGGGAACAUGCGGACAUUUUUUGCAGAGAAUAUAUUGAGGUCGCCACCACCUUCCUUCUGCGUCCUGGUGAUGGCGACAUGCUCCAGCGCUCCGUCGCUCGCGUGUUGCGAGUAGAGAGCAACUGCUGCUCGGUGGCCGUGGCGCAGGCCAAAGGCAGAGCGGAGUCGCGGGUGGCAACCAUGUCCUUUGCCCUGAGCACCGUGACCACCGCGGCCGCAGCCACGGUGGUGAAACGCAACUCGAGGGGCGCGUCCUUGGAGGAACGCGAAGAAAGGUCUCGCCCCUUCGCGUCGGACCAGAACUGGAUCACUAACGGCCUGGCGGAUACCGGUCUCGAUUUGCACUUCGACAAGAUGCGGAUCUACUCGGUGGAGCUGGCCAUCCAGGAGCUGGACGACAAGCGCAUGCUGCGCCUCCGCCAGGAGGUGUCUCCCAUUGUGAUGUGGUUGGAAGUGGUCUAUUUGCUGAGUCCGCAGUUCAGUUUGAUUCGCUGGAACCGUGCAUUGGCGGAGGUCUUUGGGACGGUGACCCUGACGGCGGCCGUGCUGAUGCGCAUGAACAUCAACAGGUUGCGGGAAGUGGUGGGUGCAGGGCCCAUUCCCAUGGAGGACUGUUUCCUUGUUUUCGGGACAUCCGACUACGGGGAGGAGACGGAGUGCGCUGCGAACACGGCAGAAGAACUGCGGGCUUGGGAUGCCUUCGGCUGCUUGGAGUACGGGCCUGCGGGCUGCACCUCCAUGGAAGGCUCCUGUGCAGAGGACCUCGUCCUUUGCACAGAGAGGUGGAAAUCCCACUCCCCUCUCCUGGUCUUGGCGGAGGACUUUGGCGGCCUGCCUGCCGGCACCCACAUGGCAGUGAUGGCCAUCACGGCCGAAGGGUGGGCGCAGGUCGAGAAGCUGCGCAGAAUGCGCAAGUCCAAGAGUCGGCAUCGGCAGCCCAUUGCCAUGCUGCUCAAGAUGCUGAAGGACAACGAGCGCUUCCGGUGCCCAGUUGCCCAGGAGCUUUCCCGUCUUGUGGGGUAUCCAAGCCUGGUGCAACUGUGCCCCAUCACCCUGGAGGUGGCGCUCAUGAUCCUCAAGUCGGUGAGGGCAAUGGGCCACCGAGACUUUUGCCCUGCAGCGCGUGGUCGAAAGAGACCUUGCAGCUGCGGAGUCUCUGAGAUUGGCCGCUUUUUGUCACGCAAAAAGCUGGCACAAGCCAAUGCCCUUCGGAAAAGGAGCGCUGCACAGGCCAAGGCAAAAGCCAAGGCAAAGGCAAAGGAAAAAGGCCGCCGGUAA